UUAAACAGUCAGUGUGGUCCUGCUCUGACACGUCGCCGGUAAUUUUUUUCAUCUGGUGCUUUUAAUAUCAGCCGUUUUGUCUUCUUCUAACAAGACAAACCCGUCAGUUUCUCUUCGAGCGCCUUCUCUUAGCUUCGGGCCGAGCUCGGCGUUGUUCGGCUGCAGACGGCCUCGUUGCUGCUUCGUUGGCUUCGGCUCUUGUCGGCAGAGGAAUGGACGAAGCGCAGUCGGCCACGAAGGCACUCGAACUGGAGAAACCGCCCCUCGACGAGCCGUCGGUGGGGCAAGUAGAUUCGGAUACCGAAUCGGAGGCCGAAGUGCCGACGAUGGCUGUAAUGGCGGAGCCGGGAAACAUCGACAUGGGAGCCGAGUCCUUGCCGAACUCUGACGAGGCCGAGGCUUUCGCAGAUGUGACAGCGGUGGCUGUGGGUGGUGUGCAUGCAGCCGGCGACAGUGUGUUCACAACAGUUGGUGCAUCAGAGAGUCUUCCAGAACACAUGCUGAGUGGGAGAACAACUCUUCAGCUGAGUGAAGGUCUUGGUACCCAGAAAGCAACUCUAAUUGUAGUCCACGCUGAUGCCAGCAUUGUGGAGGCUGCCGGUCUCAAGACAACCUCUUUAACUACAGGUCGGCAAACUCCGCCCACUCCGCUAGCUCAGUCCCAUGAAAAUGGCUCGAAGUACAACUGGGACCCGUCAGUCCACAACAACGAGCUGCCGGUCCGCUGCAGGAGCACCAGUGGUGUUCUCUACAAGAACAGGCUGGGAUCAGGUGGAAAAGGCCGGUGCAUCAAACACAACCAACAGUGGUUGACUCCCACAGAGUUUGAAACCUUGUCAGGAAGAGGAAGCAGCAAGGACUGGAAGAGAAGCAUUCGCUACGCAGGACGCCCUCUGCUGUGCCUAAUACAGGAGCGCAUCCUGAACCCCCAUGCUGCCUCGUGUACAUGUGGAGCCUGCUGCGACGACCUGACCGAGUCUCAGAAGGAUGGUGAAGCCCCGACGCCUGACCCUAUCAGUAUGACUGGUCCAGUCCGACUCUUUGUCCCCUACAAGAGGAGGAAGAAGGACAAUGAUCCGCCUCUCAUUCCAGUCAAAAAAGAGGUCCCCUCUUCUAAGAACAUCACACUAUCCCCGGGCACCACAUUUACCGUGUCCCCAUCAGGGCAGAUCACCACUCAGGGUACACUGACCUUUGACCGCGCCGCAACUGUUGAAGCUGGUAACGCUGCAGCAGCCAUCAUCUCAGAGACCUCAGCGCCGAGUGAAGUCUUCACCAGCUCUGCAGUCCUGACAGCGUUGCCGGCGUUGGCCGUCUCACCGCAGCACGUCCAAGUGAAGAUGGCCAUGGGGUCUCAGUCGGCGGGGCUGGUGGGAGGAAUGGACGUGGGCGGCAUGGGGCUGACUGUUUGUGAGGGUCAGAAGAACACCUGGCUGUAUCUGGAGGAGAUGGCCAACACGCUGAUGGGCAACGUGCAGCAGCUGAAAACGCUGAUUGAGCAGGCCAAAAACACCGCCAUGGACGCCGCGGGACUGAAGAGUCAUGGAGUGCAGAAGGAGCAGUGUGAAAACUGCGGCCGCGCUGCUUUGAGCGAGUGCACCGGCUGUCACAAGGUCAACUACUGCUCGACUUUCUGCCAAAGAAAAGACUGGAAAGACCACCAACACUCCUGCUGUCAGUCAUCGACUAGCUUGUCCAAACAGGACGAAGGAUCCAUCAUAACCAUCAGCAUGGACAAGGUGAAGGUGUAACAGUGUGCAGAGCUCUCAGCAACUAUUGACUCUAUUUGCUAAGGAACCAUUCGUCAGAGUGACACGCAACUGUAUUACUGUCACACAAGCUUUUUAUAAAAAUA